AUGGGCCCCUAUACCGCCUCCUCAUGCUGCUGCCAGGCCCGUAAUCUGCCAUGGGCCCCGUACCGACUCCUCAUGCUGCUGCCAGGCCCGUAAUCUGUCAUGGGCCCCUGUACCGCCUCCUCAUGCUGCUGCCAGGUCCAGAGUGUGUCAUGGGUCCCUGUACGGCCUCUCCAUUGCUGCUGUCUCUAUCGCCACACUCUGCCAUGUGCCACUUUCAGGUCUCCUCACACUGCUGGUGGUUUCCAUUUUUGUCAUAGGGUGCUGUAUGGCCUCCCAUUGCUGCUGCCUCCACCGCCACACUGUGGCUCCACACUCUGGUUUUGGCCCGUGACUGCCCAAAUGAGUGAAGUGUGCGGUGAUUCUAAGAUCGACGGCACUCAUCUGCAUGUCAUACUGACUGACAGUAUUAUUUCUCUUCCCCAGCAGACUCCAAGGGCAUUUAAAUUAAAGGUACAGUGUUCUGCACUAAUAUUA